AUGGAUGGAUUGGGUAUUGAAUCAUGCUCAAGUUCACAUUCAUCUUCGUCAUUACGAGGUCUGAAUUUGAUCUGUUCUAGUAAUCACAUAGAACGACGACCAUCUGAUUCAUCGAAUAGCUCUGAGAAAUCCAUUUCACCAGCGCCAUCUAAUAUUAAUCCAAAUAGGCGGCCAUACGUAAACGAAAAUACCCGAGAUGAUAUGUUCUGGGAGAAACGGCGCCAUAACAAUGAUAUUGCAAAGAAAUCACGCGAAAGACGUCGUAUAAAUGAUAUG